UUCUCACAUAAAAUUCUCUGGAAUAGAUUAACAAAAAUAUCUUUCGCUUUCACUUUAGAUCUUCAAAAAAAAAAAACGUCUUAGUUUGUGAAAAUAAUAAACCUUUAAACGCGGAGCUAUCUAUGUGAUCUAGGUCUUUUUAGACAUAAAAUAGGUUUUACAGUUUAAAAUAAAUUAUAAGAAGUUUUUUGUUAGUUGAGAUAUAAAUUACAUUUUCUCGAGAUAUUCUCGGGAAUUUAAUUAUAUAUUUGUAAAGCGAAUCGAACGCCCUGGUAAGACAUUCUAGGAUUACACCACACGUAAGAUAUUAGCCAUGUUUAACCUCCUUGCUACUGCAGAUAUAUGUAUAACAAUCGUUCACGGGAAAGUUAGAUUUGUGUUUAAUAUAAUGACGUGUCUUGUAAGAUAUUAUCUUGUAAGAUAUAAUUCGCUGCCAUUUGUGAAACGUCAAGCAAUUCAAAUUUGACUGUUUUGCAAUCUACUUUGAAAGUAUAACAUAUUUAUAUUUAUCCCGUUCAUGUAUAACCCGUAUACAAAUGUCACAUCCCACUAAAUACAGUAAAGAAAUGUGUCUGUAUAGUAAAUAUGUAAUGUGCAAAUCUCCCAAAUACAUUCACGAAUGGUAGCAAAUUUAUAUCGCGUAUGUGGAACGUUUAAAUUUAUAUUUUUGCUAUUAAAUAAAAACCAUUUUUGUCUAACUAUAGUAACGGCGGGUAAAUAGAAUUAGAAGGAGAAUCGAAUAGAAUAGGGUAUAAGAAUAUCUAUCCGUUGACAAGCCACCUAGCUAUUAUAGAAUGAGUUUUGAUUCAUCCUUCAAUCCAAUUUGCUCGCCGUGAAAUUAUAAAUACGUUAUUCGUUUUCGAUUGUGUGAGUAGUGAUGUACUAUCUAGAAUGUAUAUUUCAACGAGUAACGAGAGGGUUAGCGGCGCUAGAUCCUACCUAAGGCAAUGAUAUCUGUCGCGGUAUCUAUCUGUGUAUCGAUUAGCUGUGUACUAACGGUGAUGUACUACUUCGCGUGAACGUAGUUUCUGUUUUACGAGUCAGCUCGGCCGCCCGUGAUUGUACGUAAAGAAAAUUGGGGCGCAAUCAAACACCCUUUCAUUUAUACAAUAAGAAAGAAAUUAUAUAGAACAUUUUAAAAAUUUUCGAAAAAAUACGACAAAAAUUACGACGAAACACGAUGGUUAAAAGAACUGUUAUUUGUUCUUUCAGAUAAGAGUUAGAUUUUAACAAAUUUUUAUAUUAUUUUCUAUUUUCUUUGAUUACUAAAAAUAGGUUUAUAAAAAAAGUUCAAUAUGUCAAAUUAUCCAUCAUUUAUUUGCUACAUUUUUUCUUGAAGAGAUAAAAAACAAAGUUUAUUCUUUAUUUUGGAAGAAUAUUUUUUUAUUACUGUAAUUUUUUGAUUGAUCAAUGCAUAUCUUUAAAUCCCGAAAACCUUUGUCAACAAUUUGUAUAUUUAACAAAAACAGCUGAAUUGAUGUAAUGUUAUUCAGUAAGAAAAUUAGGAGUUUUAUUUCAUUACGUUUGAUUGCGCCUCAGUUAUUCUUAUCGCUCUGAUGUUUAGGUGAAACACAAAGGUAUAAAAUUAACUCGUCGUUGUUUAAAGACUGUUGCUCGACGGCACGUGGAUAGCGGAAAAUCCACGCCGGUUCUACGUGAUUGCCGGCGCAACCUAUGUGUAUUUACCAAGCUGGGGUUCCAUGCAAGUGGAAUUGAUAGACAAGACAUUGCCGCACGCGGAGUUUCGGUUCUCGGACAUGCAAAACGAUAUUGGAUUGUUCAGGCUGAAAAGGCCACUUCAGACAGACGCGUAUGUCCAGUACAUCACACUGCCUUCGAGAUAUAUUACGGACUUGUUUGAAAUAUGUACAAAGGAUUGUAUCGCAGCUGGAUGGGGUCGACAUAUACCUGGUUCAAAUCAAGGAUCCGGUACAUAUUUGCGACACGUUCAAAUUCCAUUGAUCGCGCCUGAUAAAUGUCCUAUGACGAAUGUGCAUCCAAAGAGCCAAUUAUGCGCGGGUUUACCAGAAGGCGGUCGCGAUGCUUGCCAGGGCGACAGUGGUGGACCACUGCUGUGCAACGGAACGCAAAUUGGUAUUGUUUCUUGGGGCGAGUCAUGCGCUCGUCCGAAUUCACCGGGUGUUUAUUCUCGCGUGGAUUUUUAUUUGCAGUGGUUAAAUGAAACUAUUCUACGGAAUGAAGCCUCAAAAUACUCGUUGCAACAGUUUGUGAUAACAGUUACUUUCACACUUAAUUGCUUAUACUUAUCAAUGUAA